AAUAGGCCAUUUUAUAACAGAAAAUACAAUAUGGCAUCGAAUAGUAUCCUUAUUUCCAAGGAGGGCCAAAUCAAUUAUGUGUAGUGUGCGCAAUCAAGAGAGAAGAGAAGCGAACACAUGAUUGAUUCAUUGAGCCGGCGAAAAGGGUCAUACAGAUAAUAACACAGUUUGUUGUGUAUGGGGGUUCUUCAUCUUCAUCACUUGUGUUCGACUUCGACCAUUAAUAAUAUCACUCUUCCGCCAUCACAACUUUGCCCUCCUUCCCAUUUCCGCUGUCGCCGACAAAUAAUUAGUGCAAUUAUCCGGCGGCAGUUGAUAGCUGCUGCCGCCGCCGCCGCCGCCAUUUCAUUUUCACCACUUGACGGAAAAGCAUUGGCGGGGGAAAGAGUUCACCAUCUCCCAAUUCACCCAAGUGACUCUGCUUUCGUCCUGAAAAACCACGGUGGUAGCAAAAGAAGGGAGAGACCAAGAUUGUUCGACUCAAAGGCAAAGAGAAUAUGCUGGGAAAAGGCAAGACAAGUUCCAGGUAGAGAUCCCGAGAGAUGGAGAAUGGAUGCAGCUGGUAACAUUGUCUGCAAAAAUCUCCACACAUGUAUUGGCUGCCUCUGCUAUGAGUAUGACCAUAUUACCCCUUUCUCAAAAGGUGGCGAAUCUGUUGAAGCCAACUGUCAAAUUCUUCAAACCAGGGUCAAUAGGUUGAAAUCCGACAAAAGUGACAUUGCCCGACAACUGCUCAAAGGCUACUCGUGCGACAUUACGUUCAGCGACGAACAACUUGACUUAAUUGAAAUGGCUGUUUACGGCAGUGUUAAUCGCCCUUCCAACCACUGUAUUGUUCCGAGUAUUAGUUCGUUUCUUCGGAAAUCUAACUCCAAAGAUCACAACAACAUCACUUGCAACUUGCCCAAAAAUGAUUGAAAUCUCAUUUUCUUUAUUAUGUUCUUGUAUUGGUACUUGUAUUUUUACUUUUUGUUUUAUAGAUUUGUUUACUUUUUUAAACACUAGUAAUUUCACCCGUGUACCGGCGUAUUCGCAAUCUAUCUAUAUAUAAUAUAAAAAGAGGAUCUAUGCCCUAUAUGAAUGACAUGUGGUAAAUGUCUAUGUCAUUCAUCAAAAUUGCUUA